AUGGAAUUGCGAAACAUAGUCAGCGUAAGAGAAUCCUUUGUUUGAUGAUAAUAUUGAUGAAAACGUGUUAACAAUACAAAUAUGUGAAAUUUUAGGUUUCUCUUUCAGAGUAAUGACAAAAUAUUGUUAAGUGAUCGUGACUACGGUAGCUCAAGUGGAAAAGCAAGAACUUUGUGCGAAUACAGUAGGAAUUUUACUUUACCGUGAUUUUUGUAGUUUUUUAAUUCAAAUAGCACAUAAUAAUUGCAGAAGACGUAUUGUACUGCGACACCGGCUACUUCUUGAACGGUAUUCAUUGCUACAAACUUCACAAGAACAACGUGAAGUGGGCAGAAGCACGUGAUGCUUGUCAACGCGAGGGUUCCAUGCUGGCCGUGCCUCACAAUGACAACGACGGACAGUUUCUGGCUUGUAAGUAAAAUUUUUCAUACUCAACGUGACAUAUUCAGCCAUGGUAGCACGUGAGAACAUCAUCAACGACAAUGACAACACCUUCAUAUGGGUGGGGAUGUACAUCGAGGAUCACAAGAAGCUGAAGGUAGUCGACAGCUCUUGUCCCAAUUACUUCCGUUGGUUGCCGAUUGGGCACAGUAAGUGAUGCAAAACCAAAGUAAACUGAUUUUUUAAAAACUUUUCUUCUUUUUACAACAUCAUUUUAACACGUAACAUGUAUGAUAUGAUUGUGUCAUUUCAGAACGCUUCUUGACCGAUGCGUACCAAACUCCCAAUACCGUGGUCGCCAUUGGUACCAGUGCUUCGAACACGGGUAAUGUUGGACAGUUUGGUUACUACCAAGUCAUAAACGGCAACUUUCACAAGUAGGUACCAUGACUACUGUACUAAACUGAUAUAAAGUCUACUUUCUCAAGUUCACAAUCACUCAAAAUCUUUUUAUAUAUCAUAUCAUGCUCCUAAAGCAGGUAUUUCAGAUCACGUUAUGUUAUUGUGAUUCUGUUUCAGACUACCGUUCCUGUGCCAAAAGCCAGCCAAAAGCGAGUACGAUGCCAUUUACUAUCCCAAAAAGGUCUGA